AUGAAUGGAUUGGUUGAACGGGAUCAGUCGUGCUUCGCAUCCCCCGCUUUUAAAGAUCUCAUCUCAUCCAGCAUCCAGCUUCCAGCCCCCCCCUCCCCCCCCCCGGGGUCGUCCCCAUUUGUUAAAUCCUCCCCGCUCCGUCCUCUCAUUCCCCUUGAUUACAUCUGCACUCCUCUUCGCCUUCCUUGUCUCUCAAUAACUUCCCGUCUGCGCUCUGCGCUUCCGGCCGCUGUCACUGCUCGCAUCCAUUGUCAUACUCACACACCGACCUGUCCUCCCACACCCCCCGCGGACUCAACGAUAUCGUUACACACCCACCUCUUCACGCCCUUGGCCUGCUGUCUUCCUCUGUGCUAUACCCGUCGAGUUGACAUUCUCGCCGAAGACUCAAGCGCCGGCAGAGGAACAGACAUGCAGCAUGAACGUCGUGAUGAGCCUCAACGAACGCCGGCGCAACAAAUGGCCAGUUCCUCCCGCAGCCGUCCUCGGCACCUUCCCGUGCAUUCCAGCAGUGUCAUCACAACCAACCAAACUAGCACCCAGCACAGCCCCGAUCCUAACAUCCCCACUCACAGUACCCGUACCUCCACUGCGCUUCCUCUUAACCCCCCACCUUACGUACAUCCAGAUGCCCACAACCUUCAUGCCCCACUGCACUAUCACCCUUCUUUACCCCCAAGACAUGACGCUCACCUCCACGCAUCAGCAAACACACAUCAACGCCCAUUGUACGAACCUCCAACUCGCCAUCAGCAUAUGCUGCGGAGCCAGCACUAUGCUUCACAUUAUCCCCCCGCUAUUGUUCAUCCGUUCCAAGCUCCACGGUAUCCCGCUCAUCCCAACCCUCACGAGUACCCAACACAGCAAGGUCAAGUCCCACAACCAUAUUUCACGUAUUACCCAGUAGAAGGAGCCAAGCAUCCCACCCAAGGUGCAAUAGGUCCGGCCAUACCGCAACAAGCACCACCCCAUGCACCCGCCCACCAUGACGCAGUGGUGUACAAUCCACAUACCCCACCAACUAAUCCCACUAUGUAUGUUGCGUUGCCCGAUCGGCCAUACUAUGUUCACCAGGCGCCUGAUCCAAAUGCAUCGCGCCGCAGCGUCAUACAAAGAUCGUACUACAACCCUGGCACAGCGCAAACCGUGGUUUUCGCGAGGCGUGAGAUCAAUCGACAUUCUCCAAGAAGUCCUAGGGAAGAUAUUUCGUCAACGUCGCUUUCGGGUCUAGCUGCCCCACAAGUGGUGCAGCCAAUCGUACAGACCCACGGCAACACGACUCAACACGUAACCCCGCAUGAUGCGAUGCCUCCACCGCAAAUUUCUGCACAAGGGACAUCGCCAGUAUUGCGCGGUGUGAGAGCGUGCGCAAAUCAUACUCUUGUCUCUCCAGUUAUACAAAACUCGAUGCGAAACCCCGCAUAUCAGCAGUGCGUACCGAAUAUUGGACAAGGCUUUCACGUGCAAAGUCUUCCGCCAAUGCCAGCGGUCUCACCGACACCUGCGCAUGGCUUUCAGCAUGUGAACACCCCAGUGGUGGUACCGACACUUCCCGCCACUCACAUCCCUCAACUUCCCACUACUCUCAUCCCUCAACUUCCUACUACUCUCAUCCCUCAACUUCCCACUACUCUCAUCCCUCAACUCUCACCCUCUUCAUCAUAUCCGCAAUACGCUGAAAGGCCACAUCCUGGGACAAAAAAAAUUUAUGGCAAUGCCGUCGGCUUCCAAAAUGUAUAUGCCCAGCCAGCAACGGUUCAUUACAUCACCCCACCACCCGCUCCGAAAAAGAAGCGGCUGCAGUGGACCCCUGAGUUGCAUGCGAAGUUUGAAGACGCGGUCAACGAGAUCGGACUUGAGGCUGCUGUUCCGAAGACCUUGUUGCAAGCAAUAAACGAACCAACACUGACUCGUGAGAAUGUGGCUAGUCAUCUCCAGAAAUUCCGCGAGAUGAUCAGGAAAAGAAAAUUGGAAGAACAGAAGCAGUCCGUCAGCGGACCAUCCCGAAAACGAAGACUGAUCGAUGGGUCACCACACAAAAGUCCUGAAACCAGAAAGAAUGCUGGUAUUUCUUCUUCUUGCGCAGCUUCUAAUAUGGACAUGCAUGAAGGAAGCAAUACCGGUGGGGAGUCAUCGCAAGAAGGUGGAACAGUUCCAUAUUCCAGGCAAGAGCUUCCAAUUCAUCAGCGGGAAAAGCAAGGAGCACCACCAGACCUGCAUGGAUUCCAAGGCUCCGGUCACCGCGACGGAACGGCGGCUCAUACGCUGCAGGGCACAACUGACCUGAUGAAGGCCCAAACCUCGAAACGGAAACUGCCGAAACGACUGCAACCUGCUGAUUGUGGGAGAGGCUCAGAAGGAGGAGAGUCCAAGAAACCUGUAGCAGUAAGUGCAGCAACGGAAGAGACACUGAUUCCCAUAGGAGACUGGGACUCCCUGACGGGUCACCAAGAAAUUUCCAAUGUUAAAAGUAGAACAAGGAGGGGAACUGUACCGUAUAGUCUCGUCAAGGACCAGCACGGAAGCAUCGCAAAACGCAACACACAAUGGCAAAAAGAAGCUUCCGUGUCCCUGGCCAUGCUCUCGAGUACAUGCCAUAUGACAAGUUGUCAAUCAUUGAAUAGGGCUGGCAUGGGAAAAAGCGUCGAAGACUUGCUCUUCCCUUGCCGGUGGCGCAUACCCCUGGAUAGUCUUGAUAUGAGUGUUCUGUAUCAGCCGAAGUUGCAGAGAAGAACGGUACCGUAUUGGAGGGCGGUGAGGUAGUCUAAUGGUACAUAUCUCAGCUGCAGUUUUCGGACAAAAAUGGCACAGUUCUUUCAGUUCGGGUGAGAUCGUCGGCAGGGCUGAUUCGAGGCACCGUGACACGACACAACCCGAAAACGGAGCAAGGGUCCCAUUCAUCAAGAGAAUGCAAUUCAUUUGGGCAUACUCAAAGGGCAUGGUUCGGAAUUCUCAACUGGUAUUAGCAGAAAAUUCUCAUUAAAGGUCAAUCUUG